AACACCCUUAUCCGAGCCCAUGUCCAAUCCAAAGUUCCAAUCCACUCCCCGAUCUCCAUCUUCAAUCGAAUGCGCUUACAUGGAGCUGAACCCGAUAACCGCACCUUCCCUUUCCUCCUUCAAUUCUUCAAAUCCAUUCCUUACUUCCAAUCAGGAAAACGAAUCCAUGCCCAAAUUCUUCUCUUCGGGAUAUAUGAUCAGGACCCCUUUGUCCAAACCUCUCUCAUUCACAUGUACUCUGCUUGUGGCAAUUUGAUGCUUGCAGCCAAAGUGUUUGAUGAAAUUACCCAACCGGAUUUGCCGUCUUGGAAUUCGAUCAUAGAUGCGUAUGUGAAAGUGGGUUUGAUUGAUGCUGCACGAGAUGUGUAGAAUGAAAUGCCCAAGAGAAAUGUGAUUUCAUGGAGUUGUAUGAUCAAGGCUUAUGUAAUGUGUGGUGGUUAUAAGGAAGCACUUGCCUUGUUUCGUGAGAUGCAGAUGUUGGAUAGUGUGAGGCCUAAUGAGUUCACCAUGUCGAGCAUACUUUUGGCUUGUGGAAGAUUGGGUGCACUUGAGCAUGGGAAAUGGGUUCAUGCUUAUAUUGAUAAAUCUGGGAUGAAAGUUGAUGUCGUGCUAGGCAUUGCAUUGAUGAAUAUGUAUGCCAAAUGUGGAAGUAUUGAGGGAGCAAGAGGGGUUUUUGAUAAUAUGGGACCUCAUGAGGACGUGAUGACCUGGAGUUCAAUGAUAUCGGCCGGGCUGAUUCCAGACGCAUGGAAAGUGGUGAUAUCCAUGCCAAUGGAGCCUUAUGUGCUUGUGUGGGGAGCUCUACUAAGUGGAGCUAGGAUGCACAGGGACAUUUCUGCGCUGAACAAGCUAAUUCAGUUGGAUCCAACUAGUAGUGCUGCAUAUGUACUCUUAUCGAAUGUGUACGCAAAAAUGGGGAAAUGGAGUGAAGUAAGACGUGUGAGAGAUGUUAUGGAGGAAAGCGGGAUCAAGAAAGUUCCCGGCUGUACUUUGGUGGAGGUGGACAGUGUCUUUCACGAAUUUUUAGUGGGGGAUGAUUCUCAACCAGAAACUUCAGAGAGGAAAAUUAUUAGAGAUAUACUGAUAUACAUGAUGGUCGAUGAGAUCAUGAAGAGACUAAAGAUGAGAGGUUUUGUGGGCAAUACAAGCGAGGCAUUGCUCCAGCUUGAUGAGGAAGGAAAGGAGCUGGCUCACAGUGAAAAAUUAAUUGCACUUGCCUUGUGCUUUUUGAAGACGAGUCCUGGUACCCCAAUUCGAAUAGUAAAAAACCUGAGGAUAUGCUACGAUUGUCAUGAUGCCACGAAGAUGAUUUCCCAGGAGUUCGAUCGAGAAAUUGUCAUCCGAGAUUGCAACCAUUUUAGGGAAGGUCUAUGCUCUUGUAAAGACUAUUGGUCCGGCUACUUCUGUUUAGAUUUUGAGCUGUACGUAAUUUGA